AUGCCUGUAGUACACUACAACCCAUCCCAUCCUAUCCCUGGCAGAGCCACUACAACCCAACCCAUCCUAUCCCUGGCAGAGCCACACCAACCCAUCCUAUCCCUGGCAGAGCCACUACAACCCAUCCUAUCCCUGGCAGAGCCACACCAACCCAUCCUAUCCCUGGAAGAGCCACACCAACCCAUCCUAUCCCUGGCAGAGCCACACCAACCCAUCCUAUCCCUGGCAGAGCCACACCAACCCAUCCUAUCCCUGGCAGAGCCACACCAACCCAUCCUAUCCCUGGCAGAGCCACACCAACCCAUCCUAUCCCUGGCAGAGCCACACCAACCCAUCCUAUCCCUGGCAGAGCCACACCAACCCAUCCUCCCUGGCAGAGCCACACCAACCCAUCCCAUCCCUGGCAGAGCCACACCAACCCAUCCUAUCCCUGGCAGAGCCACACCAACCCAUCCUAUCCUGGCAGAGCCACACCAACCAUCCCAUCCUAUCCGGCAGAGCCACACCAACCCAUCCCAUCUCGGCAGAGCCACACCAACCCAUCCUAUCCUGGCAGAGCCACACCAACCCAUCCUAUCCCUGGCAGAGCCACACCAACCCAUCCUAUCCUGGCAGAGCCACACCAACCCAUCCUAUCCCUGGCAGAGCCACACCAACCCAUCCUAUCCUGGCAGAGCCACACCAACCCAUCCUAUCCCUGGCAGAGCCACACCAACCCAUCCUAUCCCUGGCAGAGCCACACCAACCCAUCCCAUCCCCUGGCAGAGCCACACCAACCCAUCCUGUCUGGCAGAGCCACACCAACCCAUCCUAUCCUGUCCCUGGCAGAGCCACACCAACCCAUCCUAUCCCUGGCAGAGCCACACCAACCCAUCCUAUCCUGGCAGAGCCACACCAACCCAUCCUAUCCUGGCAGAGCCACACCAACCCAUCCCAUCCCUGGCAGAUCCACACCAACCCAUCCUCCUAUCCCUGGCAGAGCCACACCAACCCAACCCAUCCUAUCCCUCCUAUCCUGGCAGAGCCACACAACCCAUCCUAUCCCUGGCAGAGCCACACCAACCCAUCCUAUCCUGGCAGAGCCACACCAACCCAUCCUAUCCCUGGCAGAGCCACACCAACCCAUCCUAUCCCUGGCAGAGCCACACCAACCCAUCCUAUCCCUGGCAGAGCCACACCAACCCAUCCUAUCCCUGGCAGAGCCACACCAACCCAUCCUAUCCCUGGCAGAGCCACACCAACCCAUCCUAUCCCUGGCAGAGCCACACCAACCCAUCCUAUCCCUGGCAGAGCCACACCAACCCAACCCAUCCCUGGCAGAGCCACACCAACCCAUCCUAUCCCUGGCAGAGCCACACCAACCCAUCCUAUCCCUGGCAGAGCCACACCAACCCAUCCUAUCCUGGCAGAGCCACACCAACCCAUCCUAUCCCUGGCAGAGCCACACCAACCCAUCCUGUCCCUGGCAGAGCCACACCAACCCAUCCCAUCCCUGGCAGAGCCCACCAACCCAUCCUGUCCUGGCAGAGCCACACCAACCCAUCCUAUCCCUGGCAGAGCCACACCAACCCAUCCUAUCCCUGGCAGAGCCACACCAACCCAACCCAUCCUAUCCCUGGCAGAGCCACACCAUCUCACCCAUCCUCCUCCUGGCAGAGCCACACCAACCCAUCCCAUCCUGGCAGAGCCACUACAACCCAACCCAUCCUAUCCCUGGCAGAGCCACUACAACCCAACCCAUCCUAUCCCCACUGGCAGAGCCACACCAACCCAUCCUAUCCCUGGCAGAGCCACACCAACCCAACCCAUCCUAUCCCUGGCAGAGCCACACCAACCCAUCCUAUCCUGGCAGAGCCACACCAACCCAUCCUAUCCUGGCAGAGCCACACCAUCCCAUCCUAUCCUGGCAGAGCCACACCAACCCAUCCCAUCCCCUGGCAGAGCCACACCAACCCAUCCUAUCUCUGGCAGAGCCACACCAACCCAUCCUAUCCUGGCAGAGCCACACCAACCCAACCCAUCCUAUCCCUGGCAGAUCCAACCCAUCCCAUCCUGGCAGAGCCACACCAACCCAACCCAUCCUGGGCAGAGCCACACCAACCCAACCCAUCCUAUCCCUGGCAGAGCCACACCAACCCAUCCUAUCCCUGGCAGAGCCACACCAACCCAUCCUAUCCCUGGCAGAGCCACACCAACCCAUCCUAUCCCUGGCAGAGCCACACCAACCCAUCCUAUCCCUGGCAGAGCCACACCAACCCAUCCUAUCCCUGGCAGAGCCACACCAACCCAUCCUAUCCCUGGCAGAGCCACACCAACCCAUCCUAUCCCUGGCAGAGCCACACCAACCCAUCCUAUCCCUGGCAGAGCCACACCAACCCAUCCCAUCCCUGGCAGAGCCACACCAACCCAUCCCAUCCCUGGCAGAGCCACACCAACCCAACCCAUCCUAUCCCUGGCAGAGCCACACCAACCCAACCCAUCCUAUCCCUGGCAGAGCCACACCAACCCAACCCAUCCUAUCCCUGGCAGAGCCACACCAACCCAACCCAUCCUAUCCCUGGCAGAGCCACACCAACCCAUCCUAUCCCUGGCAGAGCCACACCAACCCAUCCUAUCCCUGGCAGAGCCACACCAACCCAUCCUAUCCCUGGCAGAGCCACACCAACCCAUCCUAUCCCUGGCAGAGCCACACCAACCCAUCCUAUCCCUGGCAGAGCCACACCAACCCAUCCUAUCCCUGGCAGAGCCACUACAACCCAACCCAUCCUAUCCCUGGCAGAGCCACACCAACCCAUCCUAUCCCUGGCAGAGCCACACCAACCCAUCCUAUCCCUGGCAGAGCCACUACAACCCAAUCCAUCCUAUCCCUGGCAGAGCCACACCAACCCAUCCUAUCCCUGGCAGAGCCACACCAACCCAACCCAUCCUAUCCCUGGCAGAGCCACACCAACCCAACCCAUCCUAUCCCUGGCAGAGCCACACCAACCCAUCAGGUCCUCGUCCUGGUUCUGGAAGGUGUUCUGCACCCUUAUUGGGUCGUCACCCAGCCUGUCCUCCGGAUUCCAUCCCCAAUCCAACGGCCAGUUGCGAACCAAGCGAACCAAGACCUACAAGACCUGCCUCGUCUCGACCAACCCCACUACCUGGAGUCGACAACUGGUCUGGGUGGCGUAUGCCCGUAACACUCUUCCCUGUUCGGCCACCGGACUCUCUCCUUUCGAGUGCUCCAUGGGGUAUCAGCCUCUUGCCAGAACAAGAGCUGGAAGUCAACAUACGGCCCAGAUGUUCAGGACACCAGGUGGCUCCGCCAGGUGGCUCCGCCAGUCUCUGUUUUUCUCGUCCUCGUGGUUCUGA